CUGUGUCUUUCCACAAUAAUGUAGACUGUCUGCCUAAGUGCCCACUAGAUCAGGAACAGUGACCAGGUCUCCCUUCGCGGCAAGGUGCCUUCUCCUCCGUGUUGGGUAUCACGUAUGGUAGCCUGCACAAUCUAAUGGCGCAGCGGAGAGCAUUUAGUCAUGGGAAGAUGCACGUCUGAAACGAGAGUUUGGUGGCAAAGCCAUUUUCUUAGACUUCUACUAUCUUACAUGGUGGCCUCGCAUCGCUGCCGGCCGGACUCUCCCCGUCUGAAAGCAAUGCAACGAAAACGCAACGCACCGCAGACUAAGCUAUGGAGGCAGGCGGUGUUGCUGUGCCCGCACCAUCCUUCUAUACCAGCAGAAGCCUUCUGUGCAGCAAAAGCCUUCUUUGUCAGCAACAUCCUUCUUUGCCAGCAACACCCUUCUUUGCCGGCAACAUCUUACUCUACCAGCAGGAUCCUGCGCUGCGAGCAACCUUCUGCGCUCCUACGCUGCCAGUAACAUCUUGCUCUGCUGACAUUACCCUAGUCUACGAGC